AGUCUUUCAUUGAACCGAGCGGCCUCCAUCGUAUAAAAACACAUCAUCCUUCCCCUCACUCUUUCAUCGACGCAGAGGCUGCUGAGAACCCACCACCAGGACCAUCAACAAUGGGUAUCGAUUUAGUCGCCGGCGGCAAAAGAAAGAAAACCAAGCGCACUGCGCCAAGAUCUGAUGAUAUUUACCUCAAGCUCCUUGUCAAGCUAUACCGAUUUCUGGUUCGAAGAACCGGAAGCAAAUUCAAUGCGGUGAUACUGAAGCGGCUCUUCAUGAGCAAGAUCAACAAGCCUCCGAUGUCUCUCUCCAGGUUGAUUCGAUUUAUGCAAGGAAAGGAGGACAAGAUAGCUGUGAUUGUUGGGACUGUGACUGAUGAUAUUAGGGCUUAUGAGGUGCCGGCAUUGAAAGUGACUGCUUUGAGGUUCACGGAGAGGGCGAGAGCCAGAAUCGAGAAGGCAGGUGGAGAGUGUCUGACUUUUGAUCAGUUGGCUCUCAGAGCUCCUCUUGGUCAGAACACGAUUUUACUCAGAGGUCCAAAGAAUGCCCGUGAAGCAGUGAAACAUUUUGGCAAAGCUCCUGGUGUGCCCCACAGCCACACCAAACCAUAUGUUCGGUCAAAGGGAAGGAAAUUUGAGAGAGCCAGAGGAAAAAGGAACAGCAGAGGAUUUAGGGUUUGAGUCUUUGUUUGUGUUGUUCUUGGUCUUUCUCCCACCAGCUAAACUAGUCAGUUUUGUGGGAGGCAUAAUCUACUAUUAACCUAGACACUUCUGCUUUAUUGUUUGUUUUCAAAUCAACUCAAGUGUGAAUUUUGAAUUUCUGCUUCCCCCUUUCUUUAUAGCUGCUGCGAAGUUUUGGGUUUGAAUUUCUGCUUCCCCUUUCUUUAUUAGCGUAGAUCGCUCUAUUUGUUAUCUCGUAUUCUAUUCAUCUAUAGUCUUAGAAGGGCUUCCAUAUGUGAUCCUAUUUUGCUUUUUAUGCCAUUUGGAGGCAACUUUGAAGGCAGUUUGAAGGUA